CCCUCCCGCCCGCUCCCCGCCCGUUCCCCCGCCGGGAGCCAUGGAGGACGCGGAGUCGCGCUUCGCCCACCUCCUGCAGCCCAUCCGCGAUCUCACCAAGAACUGGGAGGUGGACGUGGCGGCGCAGCUCGGGGAGUAUCUCGAAGAGCUGGACCAGAUCUGCAUCUCCUUCGACAAUGGCAAAACCACGAUGAACUUCAUCGAGGCCGCACUGCUCAUCCAGGGCUCCGCCUGCGUCUACAGCAAGAAGGUGGAAUAUCUCUACUCCCUGGUCUUCCAGGCUCUGGACUUCAUCUCCGGAAAGAAGCGAGACCGGAACAAGCAGCUCCCAUCCCUGCAGGAGGACGGCACUGACCCGGAUGGCCACAGCGCGUCCUGCCCGGAGGACGAGGAGGAGUUCCUGUCACUGGAUGACUUACCGGAGUCCAGGGCCAACGUGAACUUGAGGAAUGACCACUCCUCCAAUGUCGUGCCCGUUGUCCCGUUGGUCCCGAUGUCCCUGGUGCCCCCGAACGAAGAGGAGAAAAAGAACAGUCCUCUCUACAGCCGACAGGGCGAGGUCCUGGCCAGCCGGAAGGAUUUCUGGAUGAACACCAGCCUGCCCCACGCCAGCGGCGCCUUCAUGCUGGAGCCGGCCACGGGGCCGGCCCCCGAGGAGUAUCUGCCCCCGGCCAGCCAGGCGGGGCAUACCGAUCUCCCCGCUACGAAGGGGCAGGAGGCCGAGAAGGAGAUGCCAGAUAUCAGCGGGUGCGGGACUCCCGUUCCCGUGCUGAACUUCUCCAGGGAGGAAAGAGCUGUGGAGGCCGUGGGGGGCAGCGAGGACGAGGACGGGGAGGUGGGUGGCCUGCCCGACGAGGACCUCUCUGUGGGGGACCCCGGGCCGGGAGGGCCCCUGAAGAGCCCCCGUGAGCACCGGAACUGGCAGAAGGGCGCUUCAGAACAGCAGCAGGGCAGGUUGCGAAAUCGAGUCGCCAUCUCUGACCCCGAAGUCCAGAGAAAGGAGGCCAUGGAUCCCUGGCAGAGCCUGGACCCCUUUGACUCCCCUGAGGACAAACCCUUCAAGAAAGGGAAACCCUACUCUGUCCCACAUCACGUGGCAGAGUCACCAGGGAACAAGCGCAAGAGGAGAGGCCCCUCCAAGCUGCAGGACUUCCACCAGUGGUACAUGACCACCUACGCCGACCACAGCCAUGGGAAGGCCAGGCGCAAAGGUCCCACGUUUGCAGACAUGGAGGUCCUGUACUGGCAGCACGUGAAGGAGCGGCUGGAGGUCCUGCGCAAGCUGCAGCGGAGAGGAGGAGAGGGGUCGGGGAAGAAGCAGCUGGCAGAGCAGUGGCUGCAGCAGACCCAGGCAGAAAUGUGCCCCCCGGAAGAGGAUCGGGCUGAAGACUUCUUGGAGCAGCCCGAAGCAGAUGACGGGUUGGAACCCGAGGACAUCCUCACAGAAGAGCCAGAGCUGCUGGCUGAUCAAGCGUUAGAACCCGGAAUGGUCGUGGAGUCACUGACCUACGAGGACUUGGUUCGCAGGAACGUGGAUCUGUUCAUCGCCAACUCUCAUAAGUACGUGCAGGAGACAGAGCUGUCCCAGCGCAUCCAGGCCUGGGACGAUAAGAUCCGGCCCCUGUUACAGGAGCAGGAGCGGCACGGCCCGUUCGAUAUCCACGACUACGGGGACCGGGUGGUGUCUGGCUUCGGCCAGCUGAACACAUGGUAUCCCUUCGCCCGCCUGGCCGCAGGGAAACCGCCCUUCGAAGUCUGCCGCCUCUUGCUGGCCUCGCUGCAACUGGCGAACGACCACACAGUGGAGAUCACGCAGCAGGCCGGGCUCCAGGAAGGCGUGGACACGAUGGCCCUGCGCCUGCUGAGCCGGCAGCGUGCCCACGAGCGGUUCCAGACCUACGUGGCCCCCUCCAUGGCACUGCGCUGACCCCUUCCCCCGCCUCCACCCCCCUCGUACAGGUGUCCCCGAGCGGGGUGGCAAUAAAUCGAAUCUCCCACUCCC